AUGGCAACACCGUCGCACAAUCCACCGAGAACCAAUAUUGGCUCACUGUGUAGACCAACCAUCACCAUCAUCUGUGAUACUCCAUUGAUUCUAUUGAUCUUCGUCAAUCAACAUUUGAGGUGUCAAAAAGAGUUGAUCAUCAUUGCUUUUAUGUGUGUAGCGGACACCGUCCACAGUAUCGCUUGUCUUUUGUCAGCAAUUUAUCGCUUAUGGAUUGCUGUCAAUGACCUUGGUCUGCCUGAGAAAUUGAUUGCCGUUAUGAAGCCGGUCUACUAUCGUUCAUUGAGCCCGCGGUUCUCAUUCGGUGUUAUGGGAGGUCUUUUUAUCUACAUUACAACGACUAUAUCCUUUUUUCUCGUCAUUAUCUACUCUAAUCCUCCAUUUCUUACCUCAGCUUAUUGUUUCUCUGAGGCGUUCACACCUGGAAUCUGGAAAUAUAUGCUCUAUUUUCGCUUGAGCACUCUCGUAAUAAGUUCUCUAUUGUACACGCCGAUUUCCGCACGGAUUUAUAAAAUGUCGAAAACGUUGAAAGGUGGCAUUUCCAAUAUUAACAAGGGCAACUAUUCGAAGAGACUCAUUCGAACUACAAUGACGAUAGGAUUG